CCCGUUCCAGAUCAGAUCAUCAUCGCCCCAUUCGUUGUUUGUUCUAUAGCCUGAGAGCUGCGCUAUCGGAUCAUUCCUGUAUCUGCAUUCCGCCAUGAUUUUAUUCCCCGCGCGCCGCACGGGGGGCCGGCGAUCGUCGUGGAUGCUCCUCGUGGUCUUGGUGAUCGCUCUGUGUGCGGUCUCGGCUGUUGCGCAAGAUAAGACUGCUGCUGAUAAUCCCGACGCUGCGACUACGGACGUCGCGCCGCCUGAAACCAAGGAGACUGCGAAAGAACCUGCGGAAGAAACAGCUACGGAAGAGCCCACGAGCAAAGAGACCUCUAGCGAAGAAAAAACCACUGAAGAGACCAAGACGGAAGAGAAAACGACAGACUCGAAACCGACAAGUACCAAGGAGUCGGAGUCGGAGUCGAAGACCACGACGGACUCCGAGUCGACCACGUCUGAGACUGAGACUACCUCUUCGUCCGAGAAGACCUCCACUUCCAAGGCAGCCGAUCACCCAGAAGUCACAGUUCCCCCGACGGCAGACGCGCCGUACAUGCAAAAGUCCAACACGCCCGAGGGCACAGUCUUCAUCGCCGUCGGCGCCGUCCUAGGUUUCCUCGGGUUCGCAGUUCUAGCCUGGCGCGGCAUGGUCGCCUGGUCGGUCAACCGGUCCGUCCGCCAGGCAGCCCUGAUACACUCCUCUGAAAGCAAAGGACUCCUCCGGUCCCGGCGAAAGAGGUCCACAGUCCGUCCCCAAGGCCCCGUCGCGCCCGUAUCUCUCGAGAAAAUGAGCGGCAACAAACGCUCCAGCCACAUGCACCAACGAUCCUCCAAGGUCCCCAGCUCCAGCAGCGGCCUCUUCUUCUCCCCAACAGCAGGAAUGCAGAGCAGCGGCAAUCGAGCAUCGAACUACCUCCCCGCAGGGUACUACGCAGCCGGAAAUGCCACCGCAGGCGGGAGUGGCAGCGGCGGCGGUGGCCACCACACGCACUUCUCCGACCUCCCCGGAAUAGGACCCCAAUCGCAAGGCUACACGCGGACAAAAUCAGGGCCCAGCCCGCCAGGGACGCCGACGCAGCCCCAGCACCCACCCAGCGGCCCACAAGCACCCUACUACGGCUCCUCGACCAGCGACGUCAACCUCUCGUCCGCACCACAGGGUCGAACACCCAGCGCAUACCUAGAAGACCUCUUCGAGAACCACGCACCGCAAAGAAACCAGAACAAGCGAUAUCGGGGUUGACACGCGGCUACUCGCUUUACUUCUUUCUUCUUUUCUUCUUUGCUACGAGGAACGAUCGAUGUACGGUUUAUGGAUUGACUGGUUGUUUUCUUACCCAUCCUAGCUUCCUGGUUCUUGUUUAGUCCUUUUGCAUUUAACUAAUCUUUGAUUUAAUCCGUUGAUAAAGCAUUGAAGUGCAUACACACAUACUCUUUUUGUGUGGGAUUGACUCUCUUGUGUGAUAUAUACAUCCCAGCAUGGCGUUCCCCCCACUUCACCUUGAUCAAUCAAUGAAGCAAUCAAUCAACCUACUGUCUACAGCAACAGCUAGCUAUGGGUGUAUCUAGAUACCAGUUAACUACGCGCCAUUUCUUCUACAAUCAAGAGAAAGUCGGAAAAGUCCAGAGAGAAAAAAAAAGGGCGUGUCGGAAGGAG